CUCUUUUAAAAUUGCAGGACCAGCCGGCAUGGCUUCAAAGGGAACACCUGCGAUGGUCUUCCUCCUCAUCGCCCUCUCCGCCAUCAGCCUCUCUCGCACUCAGAACCCAGAGGCCUUCCGAAGGAAACACGUGACGCUGUUGGACAGAAUGGACAACAACCAGUGUGACAGCGAGAUACGGAACCGCCAGGUGAACCAAAACAGCUGCAAAUGGGUGAACACCUUCAUCCAUGCGCCCAAGGAGCUGGUCGACCGCGCUUGUGCCGCUGGGACGCCGUACGUGAUGAACAACGUGGAAUAUAAGAAGAGUGCCGAAAAGUUCCUCGUCACGAGCUGCAGGCUCUCCCAGGAGGUCCCGAAAGGCUGCAGGUACAGGGCGGAAGCCAGCAGCUUGAAAUACAUUGUUGUUUCUUGCGACCAGAAUGACCGGCCGGUCCAUCUGGCCGGGACGCUCAGGGAUGACACGGGCGGGAAGAAGGACAAGGAAAGUUGGACCUCAAAGCCGCCCCUGCCGAAUUUUGCAAAUGGCGUCAAAUGCCACUGGUGUCUCUGGGGGUGUCUGUGCAUGGUUUGGGUUAAGGCAGCCUUUUGCUGGCCCGGAUGUGGCGUCUUUUAAGAGGCAAAUCAUUUGAGGGGAGGCUUUCCCACCCCCCUGCUAAAUUUCGGCGUGU